CUCCUUAAUUUCCUACCAAUUCCUUUCCUUCUCUCACUUCCUUCGCAUUUCCCUGUCCCUUCCCUCUGCAGUCCAAUUCACACAACACACGGUUUUUGUUACACCAAAUUCUCUUUGAAAAUAAAUCCCUCUGCACCAAAUCUCGUUUAAAAAUAAUUUCCACAAUGGUCUGUGAGACAAGAAGUCACACAGAUUGGUUAUUUUAUAGUCCACAGAUUGUCUCUAUAUAGAUACUAAUACGUGGAUUCUUUCUUCAUCUUUGGAUUUCCUCGGAACUUGACAAGGAACCCUCUUGAAAAACCCUUUUUCUGCAUUGGUUUUUUUAACACCCUUGUCAACCGCGAAGAGAUGCUGAAAAAGAACUCCAAGGCCGCCGGAAUGCUGUCGCCGGCAAGGCAGAGCACGGGCGGUGGAGGAGGUGGCGGUUUGCAGGUGGCCGGUUUGGAAGUCAGGCCAGGGGGAAUGCUGGUGCAACAGAGGAAUUCGGAUCAAAUCUUUUCAGGUCCCAAAGUUAAAGUCAGGGUCAAGUAUGGAUCAGCUUGUCAUGAAAUCAGUAUUUUGCCUCAAUCAAGCUUUGGGGAUUUGAAGAAAAUGCUGGCUGGACUAACUGGGCUACACCCUAAUGACCAGAAGUUGAUUUACAAAGAAAAAGAGAGGAAUUCAAGAGCAUUUCUUGAUGAGGUAGGAGUGACCAAUGGGUCAAAAUUGGUGUUGACCGAGGAUGUAUUGAGCCGAGAGAGACGCGUUCUUGAAUCACGGAGAAGUGAGAAAAUCGACAAGGCAUCGAAAGCCAUAGCCGAAAUUAGGCUCGAAAUUGACAAGUUAGCCAAACAGGUUUCAAAUUUGGAGUUGGAAAUUUAUAGCGGGAGAAAGGCGAAGGAAGCGGUUUUGUUGAAUCUGAUUGAAUUGUUAAUGUCACAACUGCUGAAAUUGGAUGGAAUUGUGGCUGAUGGAGAGGUGAAAUUGCAAAGGAGAGAGCAGGUGAGAAGAGUCCAGAAGUACAUUGAAACUCUUGAUUUGCUGAAGGCUAAGGAUGCUGGAAAUGAACAAAGGCAUUCAAAUGAGCGAAUGCCAAAACAAAUGCAACACCAUUUAGAGCAGAGGAAACAGAGGAACUUGACUACACAAUGGGGAACAAUUGGUUCCGGUGUGGCGGCUGCUCCGCCACCAUUCACUUCCUCCUCCGCGGCUCAUAACUUCCGAUAUUUUUAUGGCAAUCCUCCUUUGCAAUUCCAGUAAACAUUUACCCAAAAAAAGUAUUUCACAUUCUUGCAUUCACGAGGACGUCAUUCAGAAUAGACAUUUUUCGUGGAAAUUUCCGGGCAUAUUUGAUUUUUUCUCUCUCUCUCUCUCUCUAUUCUUCAAUUUGUAUAGAGUAUGUGUGCUGGGUAGAUUACUUUGCUCUCAUUCAGAUGUUGUGUGUAUCUUGUAUAAAUACAUUAGUAAUAAUCUGGGAAAUGAGAAAUUCCCAUCAGGGGUAUUUG